CUCACGUUAACAGUUACACUUGGCUUCCUUGAUUGCUCACUUCACUGCCAGUGCAUGUAACCCUCCGAGGUCAACUUCUGGUCGACGUUGAUUUGUCUUUGUCGUGCAAGAGGGACACCGACCAAUGUGGCUACUCAGCACCGACAGAGCCGAACUGCGUUUCUUCGUCUCCCCAGACCGCGUUCCUGGUGGAUACGCCAUCCUCUCGCACGUCUGGGGAGAGAACGAGCAAAGCUUUCAGGACGUGCAAGGAUUUCGUACUCGCGGCGCUCAGAGCGGAGAGAACCCCAGGGAUCUCGUCUCCUCCAAUAUCCGCGAAUGCUGCCUCCUCGCUGAGCGUCAUGGGUAUAGGUGGGUAUGGAACGACACAUGUUGCAUCGACAAGACCAGCAGCGCAGAGCUCUCCGAGGCGAUCAAUUCACUGUACCUCUACUAUACUCUCGCCGAAGUCUGCUACGCGUACCUCCAAGAUGUCCCCAGCAAUGUCGCCAUAGAGAGCGACCGAUCCGCGUUCCGGACAAGCCGAUGGUACAAACGCGGCUGGACCCUGCAGGAGCUCAUCGCCCCACAUCUUCUCAUUUUCCUCACUGUCGACUGGGAGAUCCUUGGAAGCAAGUCAGAGCUCGCGGAACUGGUGCAGGAUAUCACGAGGAUACCGGCGGCAGUCUUACGGAAAGAGAUGAAGUUAGAGGACGUCAGCAUUGCUCAACGGAUGUCCUGGGCAGCCGCGCGGGAGACCACGCGAGUCGAAGAUGAGGCAUACUGCCUCCUCGGGAUCUUUGGUAUCAAUCUCCCCAUCCUAUACGGAGAGGGAAGGCAGGCGUUCCGAAGGCUCCAAGAGGAAAUCAUGCGUCAGUCAAUUGACCCAUCUCUCUUCGCGUGGGGACUGAGAGCAGACUACGAUGGGCUCUCUCGUGCCCUGCUCGAUGGAGAGAGUACUGAUACUGUUCACCAUAACCACGAUGUCCGGGAAGCGUACCUGUUGGCGGCAUCACCAUCUGACUUCGAGAACUUGGCGGAUAUUUUGUUCACCCCUUCCCGUGCAUCCGGAGGCGAGGGAAAGCUGGUCUCUGAGGUCGCCCAAGAAAAGAUACCCGGUCGUCCCUCCAUGCAAGACGUUGGCAUCCCUUCCUCUCCAUCACGCCGUAUGGCGUCCACGCUCGCGUUCCCGUUUUCGAAGGCCUUGGAUACAUCGUUGCCCCCCUUUUCUGCUCCACGUCUGACAAGCAGACCAUCGGGCUCCUCCUAAGCCCUUGUCCUGACGCUUCGGAUCCGAAGCGUCCGCUCUACCAUUGCGCCGGAAUGUUCAGCACGGAGGUGGUCCGCAUCACCUUACUUGGUCCGGAUCUUGUUCACCCUCGUUUCUAUGGACAGACGUUUACCCCCGAGUGGAGGGACGUCUUCAUCACCCAUCGC